ACGGAGCCAGGCGUGUCUGCUAGCCCCGCGGCUAGUCGUGUCAUGACGGCAGGAGAGAUUUCUCACACAUCUGCGCGACGAAGCAGCAGCAGCAGCGAGGCAGGAGGAGAGGCACCAACACCCAGUCUGCUCCGAGCCGAAACCAAGUGAGGGAAGGGGCUUUUACCGACAUUGUUUCGGGUCGACUCGUCCCCGUUGUUCAGCUGGUGAAGCCAGGGUUAGUCCGGACCACCCAUGGCUGAGAGAACCUCCACGGGGCUGCUCUCCAUGAUGUUGGAGCCCACGCCGGCUGUCGCUAUGACCCUUCCGGCGGAGGUCCGGGAGAAGCUGGCGGAGCUGGAGCUGGAGCUGUCUGAAGGAGACAUCACUCAGAAGGGAUAUGAGAAAAAAAGAAGCAAGCUGCUGGCGCCUUACAUCCCACAGAUACAAGGUGUAGAUCCAUCUCUGCAAAUCGACAACAGAGUCCAGGCCUCCUCCCAAGCUGUUCUUCCAGUUUCCAAACAGAACAGGUCCCGGGCUGCCAACGCCCGGGAUGAACGCUUCAGAUCUGAUCUGCACACGGAGGCGGUCCAAGCAGCUUUGGCAAAGUACAAAGAGAGGAAGAUGCCCAUGCCCUCAAAGAGGCGAUCAGUGCUAGUUCAGUCGUCAGUGGAGGCAUGCACACCCCCAGAUACCUCCUCAGCAUCAGAAGACGAGGGUUCGCUGCGGCGGCAAGGACGCCUACCGACCUCCACGCCCUACCAGGGUCACAGCCACCCAACCGUAGAGCACUGGUUUAACCGAGUCAUCCAGGGUUCAUCCACUUCAUCCUCUGCUUCAUCCACCUCAUCCCACCCGGGAGGGAGAUCUAUCACCAACACCACUACCCACGCAGCCCUUAACGCCAACGCCACAGCAACUGCACUGGCGGACCUUAUGGCGCACACCCAGCUAGAUAACCACUCAACACCCCCUGAUGUGACGGGGCUGUCAGAGCGCUCCUCGCUUCAUGGGGAGCGGCUCCACGUGGCCUCAGUGCGAGGCGUUUCCCUCAACUACAACCACCACACCAGCACCAUGGAGACUGCAGAUGGUGUUCCUGUCAGCAGUCGUGUUUCCAACAAAAUCCAGCAGCUACUUAAUACACUGAAGAGACCAAAGCGGCCACCAUUGCGAGAGUUUUUUGUUGAUGACUUUGAAGAACUCUUAGAUGUCCAGCAGCCAGAUCCUAACCAGCCCACACCAGAAGGCCAGCAGAUGAGUCCCCUGCAAGGAGAGCCUCUCGGGGUGGUCACCAACUGGCCUCCCUCCUUGCCAGCAGCCUUACAAAAGUGGGGCACCACUCAUCCUAAGAGUCCCUGCCUUACAGCUCUGGACAACGCUGGCAAACCCGUCUACACACUUACCUACGGUAAACUGUGGACACGCAGUCAGAAACUGGCCUACACUCUGCUUAACAAGCUGAGCUCCAGAAAUGAGCCUUUGCUGAUCCCUGGAGACAGAGUUGCACUCGUUUUUCCCAACAGCGACCCAGUGAUGUUCAUGGUGGCCUUCUACGGCUGCCUUCUGGCAGAGCUGGUACCAGUUCCCAUUGAAGUUCCACUGACCAGAAAGGAUGCAGGAAGCCAACAGAUUGGCUUUUUGUUGGGCAGCUGCGGGGUCACGUUGGCACUGACCACUGAUGCUUGUCAGAAAGGCCUUCCCAAAGCACAGACAGGAGAGGUAGUCACUUUCAAAGGCUGGCCACGGUUGUUGUGGUUUGUGACAGAUGGAAAGCAUGUUGCAAAGCCUCCAAAAGAUUGGUACCCUUCAAUACGGGAGGCCGGCAAUGAUAUAGCCUAUAUAGAAUAUAAAACCAGCAAAGAAGGAAGCACCAUGGGAAUCACUGUGUCUCAUUCAGCCAUGCUGGCUCAUUGUCAAGCCCUCACACAAGCCUGCGGCUACACAGAAGCUGAGACCAUAACAAAUGUCCUGGAUUUCAAGCGGGAAGCAGGAUUAUGGCACGGCGUUCUUACUAGUGUUAUGAAUCGGAUGCAUGUGAUCAGCAUUCCGUACUCCUUGAUGAAAGUCAACCCCCUGUCCUGGAUACAGAAGGUUCACAUGUACAAAGCACGGGUAGCUGUGGUGAAGUCGCGAGACAUGCACUGGUCUCUGCUGGCCCAGAGAGACCAGAGGGACAUCAGCCUGAGCUCUCUGAGGAUGCUGAUCGUAGCUGACGGAGCUAACCCAUGGUCGAUAUCCUCCUGCGAUGCCUUCCUCAAUGUGUUUCAGUCACGUGGGCUGCGGCCUGAGGUGAUCUGUCCAUGUGCCAGCUCCUCAGAAGCUAUGACUGUCGCCAUCCGCAGACCUCCAGAAAUGGGCGUUCCUCCUCCAGGCAAGGCAGUGCUGUCUAUGAGUGGUCUGAGUCACAGUGUGAUCCGCGUGGACACGGAGGAGAAACUCUCCGUCCUUACGGUGCAGGAUGUGGGGCAGGUCAUGCCUGCAGCUGUUGUUUGCGUGGUGCGAGUGGAGGGGACGCCUUAUCUCUGUAAAACAGACGAGGUUGGAGAAAUCUGUGUGAGUUUAGGUUGCAGUGGUUUAGCGUAUUACGGCCUCCCAGGCAUGACCAAGAACAUCUUUGAGACUAUCCCUGUAAAAUCAUCCGGAGUUCCUAUAAGCGACAGAACUUUCACCAGAACUUCACUGCUGGGCUUUGUGGGACCAGACAAUCUUGUGUUUGUUGUUGGGAAGAUGGAUGGGCUCAUGGUCGUCAGUGGGCGGAGACAUAAUGCUGAUGAUGUGGUCGCCACGGCUCUGGCUGUAGAGCCCAUGAAGUUUGUGUACAGGGGAAGGAUAGCAGUGUUUUCUGUGUCUGUGCUUCACGAUGAGAGGAUUGUUGUGGUGGCAGAGCAGAGGCCAGACGCUUCAGAGGAGGACAGCUUCCAGUGGAUGAGCCGCGUCCUUCAGGCUAUAGACAGCAUCCACCAGGUCGGGGUGUACUGCCUGGCUCUGGUGCCUGCCAACAUUCUUCCUAAAACUCCCCUGGGUGGGAUCCACAUAUCUGAGACCAAACAGCGCUUCCUGGAGGGAUCUCUGCACCCUUGCAACGUCCUCAUGUGCCCUCACACGUGUGUCACUAACCUGCCCAAACCAAGACAAAAACAGCCAGAGGUUGGUCCUGCUUCUAUGAUAGUGGGCAACCUGGUGGCAGGAAAGAGGAUAGCACAAGCCUGUGGGAGAGACCUGGGGCAACCCGAGGACAAUGACCAGGCACGUAAGUUCCUCUACAUGCAUGAUGUGCUACAGUGGAGAGCACAGGCAACUCCCGACCAUCCUCUGUUCCUCGUCCUCAACGCUAAGGGCACAGUGGCCAGCACAGCUUCUUGUCUGCAGCUGCACAAGCGAGCGGAGCGUGUAGCGGCAGCACUGAUGGGACGCCUAAACACUGGAGACCACGUAGCACUCGUCUACCCGCCAGGAAUCGAUUUGAUUGCAACUUUCUAUGGCUGCCUGUAUGCUGGGUGUGUCCCUGUCACUGUCAGACCCCCGCACCCACAAAACCUGGCCACCACCCUGCCCACUGUCAAAAUGAUUGUUGAGGUCAGUAAGUCUGUGUGUAUCUUGACGACCCAAGCAAUAACGAAGCUGCUGAAAUCCAAAGAGGCUGCUGCUGCUGUGGACAUCAAGAGUUGGCCCACAGUCCUGGACACAGAUGACCUCCCCAGGAAGAAGAACCCCCAGAUAUAUAAACCUCCAACUCCAGAGAUGUUGGCUUACCUGGACUUCAGUGUGUCCACCACUGGCAUCCUAGCAGGAGUCAAAAUGUCUCAUGCAGCCACCAGUGCUUUGUGUCGCUCCAUUAAGCUGCAGUGUGAGCUCUAUCCUUCCCGGCAGAUCGCCAUCUGUCUGGACCCCUACUGCGGUCUGGGCUUGGCCCUCUGGUGCCUGUGCAGUGUUUACUCGGGCCACCAGUCGAUCCUCGUUCCACCUCUGGAGUUGGAGAGUAAUGCGUCUCUCUGGCUCACUGCUGUCAGCCAGUAUAAAGUACGAGUCUCCUUCUGCUCAUAUUCAGUCAUGGAGAUGUGCACCAAGGGCCUGGGCUCGCAGACAGAAGCUCUACGGCUGCGAAAUGUGAAUCUGUCCUGUGUGCGCACAUGCAUGGUGGUAGCAGAGGAGAGGCCUCGUAUAUCCCUCACUCAAACCUUCUCAAAGAUCUUCAAAGACCUGGGGCUUUCGCCACGAGCUGUUAGCACCACCUUCGGCUGCAGAGUGAACGUGGCCAUCUGUUUGCAGCCCAACAGGUUAGGGAAACUGGCUGAGCAGGGCACAGCUGGACCAGAUCCCACCACUGUUUAUUUGGACAUGAGAGCUCUACGGCAUGACCGGGUUCGCCUUGUUGAGAGAGGGUCACCACACAGCCUGCCGCUGAUGGAGUCUGGGAAGAUCCUCCCUGGGGUGAAGGUGAUCAUUGCCAACACAGAAACCAAAGGACCACUGGGAGAUUCUCAUCUAGGAGAGAUCUGGGUGAGCAGUCCUCACAACGCAACAGGGUACUACACAGUUUACGGAGAGGAGGCGCUGCACGCUGACCACUUCAACACCAAGCUGAGCUUCGGAGACACCCAGACGGUCUGGGCAAGGACCGGCUACCUGGGCUUCCUGCGGCGCACUGAGCUGACUGACGCCAGUGGAGAGCGCCAUGAUGCCCUCUACGUGGUGGGCUCUCUUGAUGAGACUCUGGAGCUGAGGGGAAUGAGGUAUCACCCCAUCGACAUCGAGACUUCUGUUAUUCGUUCUCACAAGAGCAUAGCUGAAUGUGCGGUGUUCACUUGGACCAACCUCCUCGUGGUGGUGGUGGAGCUGGAGGGAUCGGAGCAGGAGGCCCUGGACCUGGUAGCCCUGGUGACCAACGUAGUCCUGGAGGAGCACUACCUCAUCGUGGGGGUGGUGGUGGUGGUGGACCCUGGUGUCAUACCCAUUAACUCCAGAGGGGAGAAGCAGCGCAUGCACCUCAGAGAUGGGUUUCUGGCUGACCAGCUGGAUCCCAUUUAUGUGGCGUACAACAUGUGAAGACCCAACUACAGGGGGGGGGGUCACCCCACCUCGUGUUUCUCGUCACCCCCACAGGAGACAACAGCCCUGGACUGUUCAGUGUCAGCAAGAUCUCGACUGAAAGAAAUGGAGCUGAGCUGUUUGUUUUUAACCUACGGAGAAAUGAACCAAACAUGGAUGCAAAACCUAAAAACA